UGAUACAUACAUAAUGUACCUUCCUUCCAUAGUAUUGACGUGUACCUAAGAUCAUCUCGGUAAUGAGCAAAAAAGGAUAAAUCCGAUUUACAUGUCGCUACCUAUGUACCGCAACAGCUUUUAACAGCUCGCGUUGCUUGGUCUUCACAAUGUCACUCCUACGAUUACCUCCGGAAACUCUAACACAAAUCUUUGAUCAAAUUGGCUCAUACUUUUUCCAUGAGGAUUUAGGCCGCCUUACAGUCUGCAAACAGUGGUUCGAGUUCGCUCUUCCUGCAUACUUCAAGUGCAUCACAUUUUCUCAGGAGACCCUGCGGAGCCUGAUCGCCUCUGGCGUAAUGAAAAGAUCAUCUCCGCUGAAAGACAGCUUGGCAAUCCUAGACCUUGAACUAAAGGGAUAUCAAGCCUACAACUCCACGUCCUAUCCUCAAGAAUAUGGGCAGGAGUCGAACUAUUUGGAGGCGCCUACUUCGAACGAGGCUCCUGGGGACGAUCCUGUCGAGACCUGGGUAGAGGUCCUAAAUAAUGACCUCGCCCAGCUUGCCACUAUUGCCCAACAAUCUCGUAGGUUACAUACCUUACGUAUACAAGCCUGGAGCUAUCCAUCCCCUGAGACCCUCGAUAGUCCGAGGGAUUAUCUAUCGCUACCUGCGAUGCAAAGUUUACUCUCGUUAGAGAACCUGAGAGUUCUAGUCUUAGAUCUGUCUGUCGGCUUUUCAUAUCCACCAGGAGAGCAAGGGACAGGCUGUCAUAUCUGCCCAGCUAUCGGCACUCUUCUUCGUACUCUUCGAACCCUUCACCUACGCAUGCGCAGCAUCUGCCCUGAUGUUUUGAAACCGCGAGAUUCCAAUGACAGCCUACACUUAAGCGUGGUGGUCGUCAAUAUGAGUCUGACUAGGAACCUACCGGGGAUAACGUCCGCGACUCACUCUAAACGAUGCGGUUCCCAAACCGGAGGACUGCUUCAACUGAUAGCCGACAUGCGGGAACAGGCAGAAGUUCUCUCAACCCGAAUGGCGCCCCCUAAAACCGUGAGGAUCCUGACUCAUUCACUUCCGCGGUUUGAAAUAAAGUCGUUGGACGUCCUGACUGGCAAGACUAUGCUGCUGGACGAUGAUAUGGCUUGGGACGAGGAUGGCAAGACUGUCAAAGAAGACUCGGAGCCUGAAUCUGAGCUUCUAGAUGAUGACUUUUCUUCUACCUUCUCAGAUGAAUAAUAUUGUCUUAAAAACCAAACCCUCAAAAGAGCGUAGUAGUUCGAAAGAGGAACGUAACUACAUAUAAGGCCCAAGGGACCGAAGGCCAACAGCUCUGGCGUGAGGAGGUCGGCCAUCAAAUUCUAAUACAGCAAAAGUAAAAGAAACACAAAUGUCCGAUAUAUGUCUUAUCUCAAGAAAAAGCAGACAAAAUCUCGAGUUUUCUAGAUCCUAUCGUCGUAUGUGAUAAAUGUCUUGCGUAUCACUACUUAUAUCUUAUUAUUAUUAAGACGGCAGACCAAAUCCCAACCGGCCUACAACCACCACCACACACGAGGUCUCAGGAUGAUAUAAACCCUAUGCACCUACCUAGGUUAGAAUAAUUACACGAACCAAUCUCGGGAAGAGGAGUGAUUUCUUCAUCAUAAUAAGUCCAACUACAAUUCAGUUCAUUCCCUUGUCUCAUCAAUGCU